CGCUCCACUCUUCUUCUUCUUCUUCUUCUCCUUGGCGAUCUUGCUCGGUCUCUUUCAGUUCCUGAAAACUAGUCUCGUCAUCGGGCCUGAAAUCUCUCGACCCUUUGGGUACUUUUCUUGCAAAGAUGAAGAACAACCCGCUGCAGCUUAAGUCCCUGAACCACAUUUCCUUCGUCUGCAAAUCCGCCGAGGAGUCCAUCAACUUCUACCAGAACGUUCUCGGCUUCGUCCCCAUCCGUAGGCCCGGUUCUUUCGAUUUUGAUGGCGCAUGGCUCUUUGGUUUUGGGAUCGGAAUCCAUCUGCUGCAGUCGGAGGACCCCGAGAAUAUGCCGAAGAAGACUGAGAUCGACCCUAACCACACCCACAUCUCUUUCCAGUCCGAGAGCAUGGAGGCGGUGGAGAAGAAGCUGAAGGAGAUGGAGAUCGACUACGUGCGGGACAGAGUAGAGGAAGGGGGGAUGCAGGUGGAACAGCUCUUCUUCCACGACCCGGACGGGUUCAUGAUCGAGAUUUGCAACUGCGACAUCCUCCCCGUCAUCCCGCUGGCCGGCGAGGUUGCCCGCGCAUGCUCCCGGGUCAACAGCCUCCAGAUGCCGCAGCCCCGGGUGAAGCAGGUGCUCCAGCAGUAGGAGCAUCCCGAUCAAGGUCCCCUCCCCCCAACAAAAAAAAAAAAAAAAAAAAAAAAAACAAAGGAACUUUCAGUGUAAAUCUCGUGGUAUUUGCAUGUUUCGAUUCGUCAGUUUGUAGUGAUUGGAUUACCGGACGUGAUCCGAGACAGGGAAAGCUGAAGGAAGAAAUUUGAAGAGUGUCUCUGUAUUGGUGAGGAAGAACGAGAGACGGGUCCUUUUGCUGCCUUUUGUUUUGUUCUGUUUCUUUUGUUUUUUGUUCAUGUUGGAUUGAAAAUAAGAGGGACAACGUUGGAGUUUCAAACUUCGACGGACAGCCAUUGUUCCUGGGCA